CUGAUUAGGAAGACCUCAAAUUAUUGUAUAGUUUUUUUUCUUCGUAAAAACGAAGAAAAAACAGGCGAAAGGUAUAUUUAGAGUGUAUUAGUGCACAAAAGGACAGACGCCUGUUAGCCGGCAAGCAUUGUAAGUAACAUUAUUUAACCGGGCAAGCCACAUCUACGGGCGCUACCGCUCCAAAGAGAAGUGUGUGUGUGUGUGGCGGCGUUUUUUUUGAGUGAAACAAAAACAGUGCUGUGCUGCACGAAAACAAGUAAAGAAAUAAAGAAAAAGAAGACGAAGCCGGGAGAAGGCGUAGCGAGAAGGACCCGAAAUCAAAUUGAAAUUUGAUUUUGGACAAACACCAAAUAAAAGGUUUUCUCGGUGUUUAAAGAUUGAUUCCGAGAUUGUGUGCGCCAGUUUUCCCCUCCAUCUCAUAUAGGCAGGAACGCAGGAACGAUGAGCUUUCUGCCGGGCGAACCAGUGCCACCCGGUUUCGAGGAAGAUGACUCCUCAGUCCGCCCGGCAGUCAUACAGAAGCAAGUUGAAGAUUUCAGACGCGGACCAUUGAUUGGCACCGAAUAUAGCGUCGAGAUCAUCGAGGAGGGACGCCUGCGCCCCAAGUACUUUUGUGUCCUGUGCAACAACUUCAACGAAUUGAGCACGGUGUUUGUACACUGGACGUCGGUGUCGCAUCGCAGCAAAUACUUGCAGACACAUUUUCAGAAGGCCUACGAGGAGCUGGAGAAGAUACAGAAGCGGACGCUAACUGAAACCGGCGAUCUGGUGAUUGCCACUGGGAUUCUUUGCCAACACAUUGAAAAACAUUACGGCCGUGCGCGUCGCAUUGUGUCGGUGCUUGGCGCACAGUUUAAGCAACAUCGUUCGAAAUUCUGCAGCCAGGCGCGUGACAUGUACCAUUUCGAUGAGUGCUCUGGCCCUGACUUUGUCCAGGAGGCGCAAGAACUGGUGCAGGAUAUUAAGAAGAGGGAGGAGAAGGCCGGCAAGAAUGCACCAAAAAAGAAUGAACGCGAUGAGAAAAAGAACAACAGCAGCGACUUCAUUGCCCUCGAUGCGAUAUCCAGUGAUGAUGAAAGCUUUGGCCCCGGCACUGGCCCUGGAUCUGGCCCAAAUCAAAAGCAGAGCAUCAUCGACGAGCAAUCGCAUAGUGGCCGUGGGGCCAAUCGUUCGCCACCGGCGCCCGGUGAGCUGCCCAAACAACAGCUGCCCACGCCCAAGGAGCUGUCCAUACAGGCAUCGAUUAUUGCCCAGGAGCGCUAUAAAUGGGAGAAAUUUCGCUGCAUGCUCGAGCUGCAGCUGAAGCAGCUGCGCGAUGAGACGGAGACAUACGAAUCGUUUCCGGAGAAGCAUCCCGACUAUCCGGACGAGUGGAAGCAGUUCUGGAACCGUCGCUACAAGCAGCUGCAGGAGGAGAAGAAGACCGAUCCGAAUAGCUACGAUUACAAGCCCGAAUGGAUUAGCUACUGGAAGGACAGACGCGUCGAGCUCUUCAACAUUGCCGUCACCAAAAUCAAGAAAGAACUAAAGGACAAAUUCAAGCUGACCGACGAGGAUGAGGAGAAGACCAAGGACCUAAUGGAACGCUACAAGAUACGUGUCUCCAGUCCGCGUGAGGCAUCAGCCCCUGCAUCAAGCGGCCCCCAUGUCCGCCGUAAGCCGAAUUUUCGCAGCAAUCGAGGUGGCGGCGGCGAUGCUGCUGAAACUGUCAUCGAACUUAGCGAUGACGAAGCGCCCAAUCCAUCAACGCGGAAUCGUGCGCAGUAUAGACGCUCUCGCUCGCAAUCGAAGUCGCCCAAGCGUGGCUUUGGCGGCGGAGGAGGCCGUCAUCCAGGACGCAGAUCACGCAGCCGUUCGCCGCGGCGCCACUACAGCAGACACAACGAUUCGCGUAGCCCUUACUCGCGCAGCCCACAGCGUGGCCAUCGCUCUCGUUCGCCUGUCUACUAUCAUCGCCGUCCCAUGAACCAUCAGGGUUUGUCAUCGAAUCAUGGACGAUCGCGUGAUGACUACUCGGAUCGUCGCAGCGGCGAUCCGGAGCGGGACAGGGACAGGGAACGCACCAGUGAUGCUGAUUUCUAUCGCAGCGGCAGCUAUAGCCGUACGAGUCAUGCGCCAUACGAACGCAUGGAGACAUUCCGUGUGAUGGACUCGCGUGUCUAUCCCGAAUAUAGUUUACCCAAAAAGACACGCUCCGAUUCGCCAGCAAACGCAAAGGAUAAGGAUACAGAGACGUCGGUGGCCGACGAUGGACCCCUCACUGUGGUCAGUGUGCUGCGCAUGCUAUCCGCCGUCGAGGAUCAUUUGGGUAGUCUCGGACCGAAGGCAUUGAGUCUGCUCAGCAAGGCACUGGCCAUGGAGAUGGUGCGGGCGAAUGCGGCCGAUGAUCUGCUGCUGAACGAGGAUAAUUGUGUGCUCUUGGAGACAAUCAAAGAGAAACUGAAGGGCAUCCUCAUAGCCGAAGUGCUGGAUGAUCCGCAAAAAGUGCGCGUUGUGAAAAAGUUGAUCACGAAUAUAGCGGCCAUCAUCUUUCAAGUGAAAGCCAAAGCCAAGAAUGACGGCGGCAAUAGCAAGGCGGCCAGUGCCAUACCACCACCGCCCAUACCAUUGCCAUACGAUCGGCAAAUUAUCUACUCGAAGCUGGCCAGCGCCUUGGUUGUCAAGGGCUACUAUGAUGUGAGGACCGAUGAUAUGGACAGGCUGUUGCAUUUCUAUGCCACGCUGGUGAAGAUCGAGAGGAGCCGUCGGGUGGCGGGCAAGAAAUUUAAUUUCUCCGAAGUUCUCAAUUUGCUGGGACUGAAGAAGAAGAAGGACAAGGUGGUCACCGAUCCCAUUGAGAUUGAUAUCGACGAGCUGAUGAAGGAGGUGGAGAGUCAGCUGCACAAGAAGGAGAAGAUCGAAACGGUGGUGGGGCCCAAAUCGGACAGCAUUGGCAUGGAGUCCCUCACCGAUUCCGAUCUGCAGACAUUGCUGCAGAAUUUCAAGUUCCUUUCCAGCGAGGAGCAGGUCCAUCUGAUCGGUCAUCUGCGCAAGCUUGAGGUCCAGGAGCCGUUGCGCGUCGAAUGUCUGCGCAAGUAUGUCAAUCUGGCGGAGCUAAGCGGCGAUGGUGAGUCUUGCAGUGAUUUUCUCUCACGCGUCGCUGGCACCAUCAAUCCGGAAAAUACAUCCGCUGUCUCGGCUGCCGUUGCCACUGUUUCAUUGUCCAACAACUCUGCAUCUGCUGGCGGCUCGGCGGCGGCGGCCACGGCCGCUGCUCUAUCCUCGCUGAAUGUCCGUCGUCGUAGCUUUGAGCGCGAGUUGAAUUUGCGCGAAGGCAGCAAGCAGCGUCGCCUCGGACGCCCCUCACCAGGAUUCCUCAUUGACGAUGACGACGAUGACGAUUACAACUUUGAUGAUUUGGUGAUGAAGGCCUGCGACUCGAAUGGCGGCGGCGGAGGCAAUGGUGGUGCUAGUGGCAGGGGCACCGGCCUACUGUCUGUUGUACCAGUCCCAUCCUCGCCGAAUGCUUUGACUUUCAAACCGGCCGCCGCUUCAAAGUUUUCGCUCGACACUGAAUCGAUUAUAGCCAAUCUGAUGGACACGCUCACCAACUGCCAGAAGCAAGGAGGCAGGGGCAGCGUUGGCGGCAGCAGUGGCAGUGGCGUCCAGCAGGCGAAUCGUGAACACCCGUCUGGUGCUGGUACUCCGGCUCUAGGCAAGACCUCGCGUUCCGCCGCAAAGAAGCAGCAGCAGCAGCUGAAACAAGGAUUCAACAAAAUGGGAGGGCCCAAUGCCAAUCCAAUGCAACAGCAACAGCAGCAGCAGCAGGCCGGCUACAAUCAGCAGGAUGUCAAUUCGGCAUUCCAAAUGCCGUCGCAUCAUUUUGGCCAGGAUCCCAGCACCAAUUAUAAUGGCGGUUACUCCUAUCCUGGCUACUCGAACUACCAGGGACCUGGGCAGGAUAUGCCGCCCGGCUAUGGCGGUGUACCACUCAAUCCUUGGGCCAACAACGGCGCUGUCCCCCAGCCGCCGCCGUUCAUUCAGCAGCAAAACUACAUGGCUGCCCAGCAACAACAACAACAGCAGCAGCAGCAGCCCCACCCCUCACAGCAGUACAACAACAUGUUCGGGCCUCGUCACUAGUUUAAGUUUUCAGGCGUAACCUUAAUAUUUAGUAAAUAUUCAUAUUUCAUUUCGCUCGCAACAAAACGCCCAAACCCCAAAAGGAAAAGGAGCUGCAUAUGCUGCAGCAUACAUACACAUUUUUGUCUCAUUCUAUCUCAUGCAUAGCCGCGUUGUGUAUGUGUGUGAGAGCAGUUUAGUCCGUUAGCGAACUCAGCUACAGCUGUUGAUCACAUCUUCAUAUCGAUAUCGAUCAUCAGUUUUGCUGCUGGCCACAAGAAGUGGAAUUUUAUAUAUAUUUUUUCGGUUUUGUUUGAGCUUGAGUAUGCGUCAGCAGAUUGAGAUAAGAGCGAGACAUGUGAAGUGCAGUAAUGCCGAUUUUAUAGCAACGGAACUAUAGCUUCGAUCAUAACGGAGCGAGACUUCUUACAACACGACAACACCACCUCAGCUCUGCUCCCUCUCUCAGUGACUUGAAGUCGAAGAAAGUCGUCACCGUCUUGCCGGCAUAACAUUUUUGGUUUUGUAAUAAAAAUACAAUUAAAUAUUACUAUAACAAAUAAAGAAAGAGAACGAAAAUAAGCAGUAAACGUUAUGUAUAAGAAAUUACAUAGUUUGUAUCAAGGCCCCGUGAUCAGGACAUAACGGUACUGUACCGGGACAAAAGCUUAUUGAUGCGAAGCAGAUAAAUAAAUAAAUGAAUCAGUGAUAAUAAACGUUUCAGCAGAUCUGCCCUCAGCAUCUGUCCCGUCCCCCAUUAUUUAGCAGAAUAAUAAAGAUAUAACAUAAUCUGCAGUCCAAAGUUUACAGCAUAUUUUUUGUUUGUAAUAAAAUAUAAAUUUAAAACAUCCCCAUUUUAGCAGAACGAACCAAUAAAGUGAGCGAAAAUGUAAAGC